AUGGAAUAAAAAGUUUCAGAUAACAAUAGCUUUUAAUAAAACAUAGCAUUAACUGAUGAAUAAUAAAAAAUAAUUUAUUCGAAUAUCGAUGAAGAUCAAAGAAUUUUAGCAUGCGCAGGUUCAGGUAAAACAACUACACUAAUUUAUCGAAUCGAGUAUUUGAUUAAAUAAGGAAUACCUGCAAGCUAAAUAUUACUGAGUACUUUUAAUGUUGAAGCUGCUAAUAACUUAAAAAUAAAAGCAAAACAAGUGUUACAUUAAGAUGAAGUAGAAGAAAAAAAUAUAAUGAACAUAGACAAAUUUACUGCUGAUAUUUAUAAGAAUUAUAUAAAAGAUAAUGAUAAAAACUUUAAAUUAGAUGUAAAAGAAUUUGGAUAUAAAGUUAAAAAUUACUUAAGUACAAUAGAAGGAGAAUAAAAGGUUUUAAAGUAAUAUAAAUACUUUUUUUUUGAUGAGUUUUAAGAUGUAAAUCAAAUCUAGUAUGACAUCCUAAUUCUUUUCAAAAAAGCAGGAUGCAAAAUUAUUGUUAUAGGAGAUGAGGCUUAAAAUAUUUACAGCUUUAGAGAUACUAAAUUAGAAUUUAUUCAAAGCAAAAUAAAUUAAGAUAUACUAAAAAUCUCAUAAUAGGAAAUAAAAACAUAUCACCUUAGCAUAAAUUUUAGAUGUUCAAGCAAAAUCACAAAAUUCUGCAAUUAAAUUUUUGCAAACACGUAGCAUUUUGCAAAACCUAUGUAAAGCUUAAAAGAAGCGGACUAAGUGAAAUUUUAUCCUAAAAUUAGACUUUAUAAAAAUUCAGAUGAGUUAGUAAAUGAUAUAAUUAUACAACUUCAAAAUUUAAUAAAUAUCUAUUAGUGGAGUGAUUUGGCAAUACUUAGUCCUACAAGAAAACCAUUAAUACAUUUUUAGGAAAUUUUAGAAAAGCAUAAUUCUACUUUAUAACAGAUAAUUCCCUAUUCCUUAAGAUUCAGAGAUAUGAAUAAUGUUUUCACUUGUGAUAAUUCUGAUGCUACUGAGGAGUAAAAGAACUUGACUUUGAGCACGAUUCAUGCUUCUAAGGGUUUAGAAUGGAAAGUAGUAUUUAUAAUCGGAAUUAAUGAUUCAAAUUUUCCAGGAGUUUUCAUCAACUAUUUAUAAGAAGAAAACGAAAUUUAAGAAAAGUUAAGCGAGUGCAGAAGAUUAUUCUACGUAGCUUGUACUAGAGCUAAGGAAUAAUUAAGCUUUUCUUUCAUAAAAUAAAAAGGAAAAUAUAUAUGUAGAUUUUUCAGUGAAAUUAAUGAAGAAUAAUAUGAAUGCUAAGAUACAAAUUUUAAAAGAGAACAUAUAGCUUAAAUCCAAUCAAAAAAAUCAAAUUUUAAACCAUUAAAUAUCAAGAACAACAUAGCUGAUAUCAUACAAAAUUUUGACUUUAAUGACUAUGAAGUAGUGAACAGUUUUCUAUAAAAAAUAUAACUUGUUAAUAAAGAAACAGGAAAAGAGGCCACUUACAACAGUUAAAAAAUAAGAUAAAACGCUCUUUAAUAAGAUUUGAUUUGUUAUCUUGACAUAUUACUUUAUAGAUGUGUUACCGAAAAAUACUUAUAAAGCUAGAAAAUUUUAAAUGAAGAUGCUGAGAAAAUACUAUGUACAAUAAAUUGGAAAGGAAAAUCAAAGGUUGUUUAUAAUAAAUUUAUAGAAUUCUUCAACAAAAAAAGUUUAAUAGAUUUAGAAAUAUUGAACAGCCAGGAGUAAUUUAUAAACUGUUUAAACAAUCAUUACAGUAACAAGUAGCAAUUUGAUCAAAAUGAAAUUAAAAUUUUACAAGAAAUGCGUACAUAAAUUAAAUCAUUUUUAGAAAAAAAUAAACUAAAAUAUGAAGAUAUUUGCCAUGCAACUGAGAGUCACUCGUUGGAUUAUUUUCCUGAAGAUUUUAUGGAUAAGUAGAAAUAUGUUGACAGUUAUUUAAAAUUUUCAGAUAAAACAUAGAAAACAGAAAAUAUUAUCAAAGAUGUUUAUAAUGUGAGUAAAUGCCAUUUAAUUUCCUAAGGAAUAAGGAGAUCAUUGUACAGAGAUGAUAUUGAAUUACUUUAACCUUGGAAUUUAAAAUUAAAUAUCAAUAGAUUUUUAAAAAGUCUCAAUUUAAAAUAUGAUAAGAAUAGGUUUGAAAUAAAAAAGAAAGUAGAAUAUGAUAGUUUAAAUGGAGUUAUAGAUUUAAUAGCAUUUGAUAAAGAUAAAGGUGAUAUAAUUUAAUUUAUCUAUCAUUAAGGAAAGUCUAAAUUAAGCAUUUCUAAAGAAUAAAUUAUUCAAUCUCUAGUUUAUGCAUACAUAUUAAAAAAGAAAAGUUACAGUAUAAAAAAUAUUGUUUUCUAUAAUGUACUUAAUGAAGAUUUGAUCACUUAUUCGAUAGAUUAAUGGAAUUAAGAAGAAGAAUUCUUAAGAUUUUUGUAAAAGAAAAAAGAAGAUUACUAAAAAGAGUAAGAAGAGACUGAUGAUAAUUUAGAGGAAGAAGAAGAUUAAUAGGAAUUAGAAAUCUAGGAGAAUACUUUGUAAAACUUAUACACUUCUAUUGAAGAAGAACAAGAAGAUGAAAAAGAAGAAAAAGAGAAUAAUAGUAAGAAAAUUAAUAAUUAUAACCUAUAAGAAAGUUAAUAGGUAUAGAAAAAUUAACUUCCUUAUCAAUUUAAUAAUCUAUAUUCUAGAAGUUCAACUUAAAAUUUAAGUUAAAAUUCUGUUUAGACAGUAUAAGAAAAUAAUCUUUAAUGUAAGUACAAUUAAAAUGAUUAAGAAGAUAAUGUUGAGAUCGAAAAUUAAUUAAUUUAUGGUAAUUAAAGUGAUUAAAAUGAGAAUUUAAUACAAAAAGCUUUAGAUAACUAAAAAAUUAACUAAAAUGAGCCAUUAGAAAAUCAAAAUAAUUUAGUUAGCAAUAUUCAAUAAAAUAGAGAUAACUCCAAGAAAAUUGAAGAGCCUUGUUAAUUAUUAUUUAAUUUAAAGAAUCAUGAAGAUGAGAACUCUUAAAUUGAAAACAAAAUGAGUAAUUUAAACUCAAAAAGGAAGAGAGAGAAGAAUUAAGUUGAAUAUGAAUAGUAGAAAAUCAAUUUAAAAAAACAAAAAGUAGAAUUAAAAGAGAAAGCUAUCAAUGUCUAGAUUAUAUUUUUUAUAAUUUAUAUAUUAAUUUAAGUCUUUUAAACUUCAUUACAAUACAAGGUAAUUAUUUUUAACAAAUAAAUUUUUAAUUUAAUUUUGUUUAAUGUAAAUUAAAGGCAAUAAACUCAUGAAGAAUCAAAAAAUGUGGCUAAGAAUACAAAUCAAAAGCCAAAAUUAUUUUUUUCUUUAAUAAAAUUAGUUAAUAUAUUUCUGUGUUAAAUUAAUGUUUUAAUUCUUAUUUUCUAUGAUUUGUCAGCAUAUUGUAAAAUUAAUAUUUAAAUAAGCAUUUUAAAGUUUAAGAGUUGUGCAUCACCUUCGAUUGAAAAUUUUUUAUAUUUAAAUUUAAUUUCCAUAUAUUUUUUAUAAAAUAGACUUAAUUACAUUGUUACAUUGUAAAAAAUUUAAUAUUUUUCUUUCAAAGUAAAGAUAAUUUUAAUUUUAAUUGUCAAUUUUAAAAAGCUUACUGUAUAUUUAAGAUUUAAAAAUAUGAAAUUAUUUGCUUAACUAAAUAUCAUUUUUUUAUGGAAAAAAAAAGAUUCAUGCUUGUCUUAAUCAUUUAUACCAUAUCCUCACAUUUUAUUUAAUACAUUUUUCAAUAGAAUUUUAUUCAAAAAAUGUAUUCUAAAUUUAUAAAAUGUAAUAGAAAUUGAAUGA